GCAUAGAAAGAUAGAGCUUUUUUUUCUCUAUCAGACUAUAUAGAAAGAAAGUUAUUUAAGCCUACUAUACGGUAUUAAAGUGUCACUGCCCGUACUUUUCGUAUGCCCUAAGUAUAUAUAUACAAUCCACAGUAAUCCAGUUUUUCACUUUCAAAUCCGUUUGAGAUCAAGCUAACAAUGAUAUUGUUAGGCUUAAUUUCGAAAUCAUAAGUUUUUGAAAUGACAGCGACAAAAAUUAUGUCAAAAAAAAAUGCUAAAAGUUUGACUUAUCAAUAUCUCAGCAUUGCAAGAUCUUUGAGAGAUAUCUUUUUAUUUUCAGACAGGAUUCCAGUUUUUAAAUCAUCAAGUUUUUAAAAGGAAAGCCUAGACAAGGUUUCUGAAGGAAGGACUACUUUUCUUUCAUCAAAAAUACUUCGUUUUACAUUAUUCUGUAACUUUCAAACUAAUGUGUUCAAAAGAAAGAUUCAUUAUAAACUUGACACCUUUCAUUGAAUUCAAUUUUCAAUUUAUACUGCUUUAGAGUACUACUCUCUUUCUCAUCCUUUUAUAUUUAUCAAUCAUACGCAAAUCUGGUCAUAAUUCAAUUUCGCGAUAAUUAAUUGAUUGCAAAUUGGCCGCUUUUUUGGAAACACAAUAAAAAUGAUACAAUACAAUUUUUUUCGUUCCAAAAAGCGGUCAUUUUUCACUAAUUGGCUUAAUUUUCGGCUGCAAUUAGGAAGCUACGAUAUUAUCUGCUCGUUCUGACGAUUCAGAUCGAGAAUUAGCAGUUGUGAAAAAGAAAUUUCCAUUUCUUCAUCAAAAAUUUAAUAUUGAUUCUAUUUACGGUAGUUAUUCAUUAGAAAGUCUUGAUAUUGGUGCUCGUUCAUUUACAUUGGUAAAAAAUGGACGAACAGUUGUAAUAGUAAGAAAAAAAUUCUUCGCAUUAUCUGAUAUAUAUGGUGUUGAAAUUGUUGGUGAUGAAGAUCAAGCAUUCAUUCUAGCCGUUGUUAUUGAUCAAGUUUUAUACGGCAAAAAGAAUUAA